UUAUGGGGCCCCGGGGCAAUAGGGGAUAAUGGGGCCCCUGUGUCCUUGCCCAAACUCAAAAAAGCCUAUGAGAAAGUUACCAGGGGCAUCUCAUGGGGCCCCCUACUGACCCCGGGCCCUCGGGCAGUGCCCAGAGUUUCCAAAUGGUCAGUCCGCCCCUGUAUUAGAAUAAUACACAAGUAUGUAUGCGCAGUUCUGUAGUAUAUAUACUACUGCAUACACACCCACAUAUAUAUACAUAUAUAUAUAUAUAUAUAUAUAUAUAUAUAUUUUAUUUUAUUUAUUUUUUUUUUUUUU